AUGGUUAGUGUGACUGGCAUUACCGUUGGGAGUGGCUUGUCAUUGACUUGUGACACCCUUAUACCUCAGACCUUUGGAAGUGGAAACCCGACGCGCGUGGGGCUGAUCCUUCAGAGAGGGGUUCUGAUUAUCAUUCUGGCGUGUUUCCCCUGCUGGGCUGUUCUCAUCUAUACUGAAACCUUUUUACUUGCCGUUAAACAGAGCCAUGAGGUUGCCAGUCUGGCACAAGCGUAUGUGAACAUCGUCAUGGCUUCUCUGCCAGCGGCAUUUAUGUACCAGCUGCUGGGAAGAUAUCUUCAGAACCAGGGAAUUAUUUGGCCUCAAGUCGUAACCGGUGUAAUUGGAAACAUUUUAAACGCAUUCAUCAAUUAUGUUUUCCUCCAUCUUCUGCAACUGGGAGUUCCUGGGUCUGCCGGAGCAAAUUUAAUGUCACAGUAUUUUCUUUCCAUCACCCUACUGGCCUAUAUUUGGCGGAAGGGGUUACCCAAAUGGGGAGGCUGGUCACGUGAGUGUCUCGAGGAGUGGGGACCCUUUGUCAAGCUGGCCAUGCCAAGCAUGCUCAUGUUUUGCCUUGAGUGGUGGGCAUUUGAAGUGGGAGGAUGUCUUGCUGGCAUGAUUAGUGAAGUUGAGUUGGGAGCUCAAUCUGCGGUCUAUAACCUGACUCUUGUGGCUUUGGUGUUCCCCAUUGGAAUGGCAACUGCAGCUAGUGUCAAUGUAGGGAAGGCUCUUGUUGCAGGAAACAGUGUGCAAGCCAAGUUGUCUUGUAAAGUUUCCAUCAUCUGUACAUCUGCAUUCGCCCUUUGUGUUGGACUUAGCCUUACACUAUCCGGAAAUGCAGUUGGCUACAUUUUCACCACAGAUCCAAACAUUUUAAAGAGGACUGCUGAUGUCAUGGUUGUUUUUUGGGUCAUGCAUCUUGCUCAUGCUAUUGCGACUGUGAGUGGAGGUGUUUUUCGAGGAGUUGGAAAACAAAAGGUCGGUGCUGUGUCCAACCUGGUUGGACACUACUUCAUUGGCUUUCCAAUAGGUGUGUCUUUAUUGUUUAAGACACAAUUGGGCGUUGUAGGACUUUGGACUGGUCUUACGAUCUGUGUGGUACUGCAGGCCAUUUCCUUCGUGACAUAUUUGUGCCGUCUUGAUUGGAGAAAGGCUGCCGAUGAUGUGAAUAACUAA